CCGAGACAGCAAUUUCCUGUUGACACCGGAAUAUUUAGAAAAGUGCAAGGAAGGAGGACAGAAAGAAAAGGAAUAUCAGACUGCAGUGUUUGUGUGGAAGUUAGAUCUCCCCUCUUUGGCUUUGUCCCUGUGGGGUUACUGUCAGUCAGACAGGCCCUGCUGAAUGAAUGGACCCAGUGAUCAAAGUUUGCUUGUGGAUUGAGGAGAGGGAAGACUGGAAAUAAACAGGCAAGGAGGCAGAAGCAGGGGGACUGGGCUGUCUUUAUAGAGGGUUCUUAUCAGCGAGUCAGGUGCACGGGUUUCAAGGUCUUUCACAGGGAAAGGAGCCUAUUGCAGUCGAAUAGAUGGGGAAGCCAGUCUAAUGCAGGAGCUAAACACACACAAAGCCUCCAAGCACAGUCUGGCCUGCUCUGGCACUGACAAUCCUCCAGCCACAGCUGCUGAGGAAAAGAAAUGUGUUCUGUGAGCUUUAAAUGAUCCUCCCCGGUGAUGGCUGAAGCCUGGUUGGAUGAAGAGGAGGAGGAAUUGAGGGAGCUCAGGGACAAUGCUGGAAACAGGCGGCAUAGGAGAUCCAACCUGAGUCAAGCUGCAGAACGUCCAGAAAGAAAUAAACCAGAGCACCGAUUUCCUGGACAAGGACCCCUCUCCUCCAUAAGAGCAGUUAUUAAGAGAACUUCAAGGACGACUUCCCACGGUGAUCAGCAACGAGAUAGAAGGCGCCCUGAGAUCACCAUUGUUGCUGCAGAGCCAAUUGGUCCAGGAUCGUGGUUCCACGGUGGUCCUCCUGGAGGGUUCCCUCCUCCACCUCCCCCACAGUGGAGGCCAAGUGAAACCCACCCAGCUGAGCCACCAUCUUAUGAGCAGGUGAUUAAAGAAAUCAAUCAAGUGCAAGUUACCACAACAAGUAGUAAUGCAGAACCCAGACGUACUACAACAUGUGCAACACAAACUGACUUUCCAGAGGAAGAAGAUCGAAAUCUGCCAGGCAAUAUUAUAAUCAAUCAGCCGGUCUCUUGUGAGCAAGAAGCAGCGUCAGUGCAAAGUUCCACUGAAAUAUCUCGAUUGUCAAACAAUGUUAAGAAUUGUUCUCCCCAGAUAGCGUGCGUCAAUAUUACUGACACAACUGUCAGACAAGAGGACCCCAAUGUCUUAAGACUUCCAGUACCAAGGCCAAGGACAAAGUCAAAUCUCAGGCCUGUAGGAAACCACUUAAGUAUCUUCCAUCUUCUAGCAUCCACUGAAAAUCAUACUGGCUUUGGUGAUCAUUCUUUUGAGGAAACAGUGGAAAUAAACAAUAUGAGCCAUGAAAGAAGCCAAAAUUUUAUUGGGUCAAGGAUUAGGGCAUUUGAAUCUCAAUCUGAAAAAUCAGAUCAGUGCAGAAGACCAGAAAUUGCACCCCGUUCAAUAAACACUAAGAAUUCUGUGACUGUUAAGCCUUUACCACCUCCAAAACCAUUGUCAAACAGAAUAUCUGGAGAGUGGGAUGCAGCAAAAGAUAACAAACAAAAGCCACCACGAGAAGGGCUUCUCCCACCGAAGACACAAGAUACAGGUAAUGACCAACCAGAUUUGCCAAAGAAACCAAAGCCGCCUCUUUUAUCAGGAUGCAGCAAUGGUGGGGACAUUAAUGAUGGAAUCUCUGAGACCUCAUUGUUUGGGAACAACAGUAAGGAAACUGAAAGAAAAAUUCCUGUCCCUGCACCAAGGCCUAUGGUGCCCAAGAAAUCUGUACAGACUGACAACUCUGCCUUGCCCACGGCAUUGCCAAGGCCAGUAGUUUCUGCCCCUGCUCCAAAACUAUCUAUAGCUGCACAAUCCAAAACAUACACAACUGAGACGCCAGCAGCCAGAAGCUUUGCGCCACUUGCACAUAGCAAAUCCGCAGGGGAGGUGGUGGACCUUAUUAGUUUUGAGGAUGAUAAUGUUUUAUCUCCCGUUAUACUCCCAAACCCAGAAUCCACCAGUGACUCUAAAGCAAAUUAUGAUCCCUUCCAGCUGUUUUCCAAGGAUGAGACAGAGAAGGAGUUGCCAACAAACUCUGCUCCUCUGAGAAAACCCACAAUCAUCCGAAUCUCAGGCAAACUAACAAAAUCUUCUGAAGAACUACAGAUCCCCCCUCCACUUCCUGCCGAAAAACCAGUUGGAAGCUUGUUUGAAAAAACUAGUGCAAAGUCCCGUCCUGCUGGCAAAAAAGAAUGGGAGCAGUCAGAAUGUACAGAAGACACCCGGUCCAAACCUGUAUUACCAACUAGGUUUGUAUAA